UGGCUGCUGGGCUCUGACUCUUGUUGGGAUGGACCUGUUUGAUAAAAGAACCAUUUUCAAGAGUCUGGAGUGAUACAUAGUGGAUCGUGCACUGGGGACCGACCUGUGAGCCGCUAAAAAUAGGGAAUACUAUCGAAGACACCAUGACAGGUAAACAAGGCGCUGUGCUAUCUGAAACGUUGAAUAUAUCCAAAACGUCCUCUCUUGGUGCUAACGGAGGUAACAGCCUGCACCAACAAUCAAAGAACAGCGCCACGCACCCUCCCAGAUGCACGGGAUUCGGGAUCCAGGAGAUUUUAGGGCUGAAUAAAGACUCUUCGGCGGUCCCGAGGAGCACCAUGCAGUCUCUGCCAUCUGGGGCGCACCUGCUUGCCGCCAGGUCAAUGCUUGGUACCGCUGGUGUCGGAGUUGGGAUGGGAUUAAUCGGGCCUGGAGGGAUUCCGUCGUUCUACAGCCAACCAGCGUUUUUGGAGGUCCUGCAGGACGCGCAGAACGUUCACUUGCAGCCCCGCAAUAGAACUGUGGGACCUCUGGACCACAGCCAGUCCGCCAGUUCGGACUCAGAAGAUUUUUCGUCAAACGAACGAAAACUCUCAAAGACCUCAUUAAGCCAGAGCAAGAAACGGAAGAAAAGACGCCACCGAACCAUAUUCACAUCUUACCAGCUCGAGGAGUUGGAGAAGGCCUUUAACGAAGCGCACUACCCUGAUGUGUAUGCACGGGAGAUGCUGGCUAUGAAAACAGAGCUUCCUGAGGACAGAAUACAGGUCUGGUUUCAGAACCGCAGGGCCAAAUGGAGGAAGAGGGAGAAGUGCUGGGGUCGCAGCAGUGUGAUGGCAGAGUAUGGGCUGUAUGGCGCCAUGGUCCGUCACUCCAUCCCCCUACCGGAUUCCAUCCUCAAGUCCGCCAAGGAUGGCAUCAUGGACUCUUGUGCCCCAUGGCUGCUUGUUGAAGAUGGCUUUCCAAUCAGCAGACGCUUUUCUAAAUCCGAAUACCCCCAAUUCUUUACAGGGAUGCACAAAAAGUCCAUGGAGACCACGGUCGCCCAGCCAACAGGGAAGUUCGACAUUCCCCAGCAGCCAGCCAUUCAGAGAGGAGAAGAAUGUGACGUGGAGGAGAAGAGGCCGGAGGGCAAGUCACCCAUCUCCAAAGAGGAACUGAGGGAGAACAGCAUCGCAGCACUCAGGGCAAAAGCACAGGAGCACAGUGCAAAGGUGCUCGGGACUGUUACAUGUGAGAGACCAGAGUGCAAAGUGGAGAGACAGGCAGCAGAGGAAAAAUCUAGUGGCCCUUUGAGUCCAGUGGAAGAGCCCAAGAGUCCAUAGACCCUCACUUUGUAAAGACUUUGCAGUUCUCUUGACCGUUCUCUAAACAUCUGUAUGGACUCAACUAGAUCUAUCAGUAUUAUUCAGUGUUCCCUGAGAGGUUUUUACAUGUUGAACUCAUCCACGAUCUCUAUUACGCUGUUUUAAAAUGACCUUAUUUAAACUGGUCUUCCUAUUGGAGAGAUAAGAUAACUGAAUUUGUCUCUUAUUGACUAAGAAAAACACCAAUGCACUUUCUGUCUUUCUUACUCCCUGACAUUCAUACAUAUAUUGUUGCUUAUAUAUUGUUAAAACUUGUUUAAUAUGGGGGUUAACACUACAUACAUAUGUAUAUUGCUGACAACCCCUAUAACUAGAAGAUACCCACUUUCCAAAUGUCUCUCAUUGAAUAUUCUUAAACAUACUUGUGUUUGUUAGAAUGAGCCAAUUAGGACAUUUGUUGAUAUAUAAGUAGCCAAUCUUUGAAAGUAUACUGUAUAUUGAAUUCACAGCAUCCAUAAUAUUGAUGCUGACUGUGUUUCUUGUAUAGUCGCUCCCUGAAGACACAUAUUCAAGAUUUUUCUUUGGGAUGAUGAUGUAUGAAAGGGAAAACAUUAUUCUCUUAAGAGGAACACAACAAUGAAAAAGUUAUCUUACCUUGUUAUUACGCUGUAUAUAAUAAAGAUAAAGAUAGCUCACAAAGGCACUGUUAAAACAUACUUUUAUGUAGUCUUUAAAUGUUUGCGUUUUUGUUUCAUAGUCUGAAUAAUAUGCAAUACAGAAUAUAAUUUUUUGUUGUUGA